AAACCAAAUAAGCAAGAGACAAAAAUAUACUUCAGAAGGGAAAAAAAAAGUGUAGGAGGAUGAUCGAAUCAAAGAUGGCAGCCUUCUGUGAUCUCUUAUCUAGAUGUGGAAGGAGUAUUUUUGGGAACACUGAUCACUGUGGUUGAGCAAAUAAAUAGGAGAAGCGAUGCCAUUGCCACUGACAACCCGAUUGACUCCGAGGUACUGUAACAAAGAACCCUAAUUCCAAUUCGGGGAGACGACGACGACCCUGAUUCUGUCAUUGGGGCAAUCCCAAAUAUGAGUCCUAAUACGAAGACCCACUUCGGAGAUUGAGCUUUUUUCCUGCCCACUCCCAUCUCUCUGUCGAUUCCCUUUCCUUUCUUUCGAGACGCAUCCAUGGCUGACGAACCGCAACAACCCCAAUCUGAAUCUCAACCUCCGCUCGAAGUCGAUUCUGCACCUCCGCCACGGCCUCCGCCUCCGUUUGAUCCCAGUCGAAUGAUUGGUAUCAUCAAAAGGAAGGCCUUGAUAAAAGAACUAGCUGCUGCAUAUCACGCUGAGUGUCUUGUAUAUUGCCAAGAGCUUCUUGAGCUUCAAAGAAAGUGGGAUGAGCCAUAUAUUGAGUUAAAAGCACCUGAAGAUCCAAGAAAGGAGACAAUGAAGCCUAGCAAACGUCAAAAGAAAUCCCGCUAGUUAUUAAUAUAUUUAAUGAGCAUUUUAGGAAUUUGCUCAGAUCAUCCUCUACUAAGCUUUUUAUAGCUUUUAGUCUCAUAUGGGGAAUCCUUUUUUCCCCUCUUUUCGUUCUCAGAAAAUAAUAACAGUAGGUGUUCGGGUUGAGGUUAAAGAAUGUUUAGACCACGGUUGAUAACUUUUUGGUUUUUGGUUAAGGAAAAAAAGUUGUUACAAACUCACGAUGAAUGCUACAUGAAAGAAUCAAAUCUUUGCCUUUGAGGCUGACAGUACAAGUACUCAACAAACUCACGAUGAAUGCUACUUGAAUUUAUUAUUAAUAUACUACUGUUAUUGACAA